GCUUCCCGGCGCCCGGUUCUGCUGGGCGGCGAUACCUCCUCUGAGGCCGCUCGGAGUCGGCUCCGCUCCUGCCAGCAGAGGCGGAACAGCGGCCAGUGGCGAAGUCCCGGGAAGAGAGGACGGGCUCCCCGCCGCGAGGAACAGGAGUAGAGCCGAAGCUGCUGCUGCCGCCGCCUCCUCGCCAUGCCCCGCGCUUUAGCCGCCUGCCUUUUCCUGCUCCCGCUCUGCGCCCGGGCUUUAGCUCUAAACGUUGCUGCAGAAGAUGUAAAGGACAGGACUGAGCAGCUGUCACAGACGUCAGAAAGAAGUGGAAACUCGACUAAAAUAAGCAUGGAACUAAAAGAAAUAGUAUUUGUCAUCCAGAGUCAAAGGAAUUCUUUUCAUUUGAAGAAAGCAGAUGAUCUAAAACAAAGUAUUUUCAAACAAGCUGCAGUUCUUGGAAAGGAGAUGCCCACAGUUCUGCUUAUUCAUCAGAUGGACAAGCAUGAAGGUGCAUGGACCAUUCUACCGUUAAUGCACGAUUUUUCUGUUACAUACAGCAGAAAUUCUUCAUGGUUUUUCUUCUGUGAAGAAGAUACAAGAAUACAUCUUGUAAAGCUACUGAAAAUACUUGAAGGAUAUGACAAGUCUAAGGAAUAUUUUUUAGGAAAAGCGUUACAUGACGAUGAAUCUACAAUUAUUCACCAUUAUGCAUUUGCAGAAAACCCUACAAUUUUUAAAUUUCCAGAUUUUGCUGCUGGCUGGGCACUUAGUAUUCCACUUGUCAAGAAGCUUGCAAAGAGGCUGAAGAAUGAACCUUUGAAGUCAGAUUUUACAAUAGAUUUAAAAUACGAGAUUGCGCUUUAUAUUUGGGAGAAAGGCAAUGGACCACAUCUCACCCCAGUGCCUGAGUUCUGUACAGAAGACUUUGACUUUCCUAAUGGUGCUCACUGUGCCACUACAUUUGCUAAUUUCCUCCCACUUUGUGGAGAUCCUGUGAAGAAAACAGAUAUCUUUGUUGCUGUAAAAACAUGCAGGAAAUUCCAUGGAGACAGAAUACCUAUUGUAAAGCAGACCUGGGAAAAAGAGGCCACUCUUAUUGAAUACUACAGUGAUUAUGCAGAAAGUUCAAUACCCACUGUUGAUUUAGGAGUGCCAAAUACUGAUAGAGGUCAUUGUGGGAAGACUUUUGCUAUUUUGGAAAGGUUUCUAAAGCACAGCCCUGCUGCAACACCUUGGUUAAUCAUUGUGGAUGAUGACACGUUAAUAAGCAUUUCUAGGCUCCAGAAAUUUCUCAGCUGCUAUGACCCAACCGAGCCAGUGAUUAUUGGAGAACGCUAUGGCUAUGGAUUGGGGUCAGGAGGCUAUAGUUAUAUCACUGGUGGAGGAGGGAUGGUUUUCAGUAGAGCAGCAAUCCAAAGAUUAUUUGCUAGUAAAUGCCGGUGUUACAGCAAUGAUGCCCCUGAUGAUAUGGUGAUUGGAAUGUGUUUCAGUGGUUUAGGAAUUCCAAUAACACACAGCCCUCUCUUUCAUCAGGCUCGGCCAAUGGAUUACCCAAAGGACUAUCUUUCCCACCAAGUUCCAAUAUCAUUUCACAAACACUGGAACGUUGAUCCAGUGAAAGUGUACUUCACAUGGUUGGCACCAGAACAGAAAGAUUUUCAAGAUGGACGUAAACAUGUCAGGGAGGACUUAUAAUCAUAUAUAUAU